UGCACACCUCUCCCCCAGUCUACCCGGCCCGCGUCGACCUCGAACACUCUCGCCCUGGCACCUUAGCUCAACCGCCCACGCAUCCACGACCCACGACGCGUAAAUCCUUGAGAACUACACGAUACCCUGACGUAGGGAGGAUUUCGGGCAUCGAACUUCACCAUGAAUAAAUUGGCAAACAUGCGUCACUGGCCCGAGCGGAUGAGCCCGGCCAACUUCAGCAUGUCGCGUGCGAACGUGGGCAUGCAGGCGGCCAUCAAUCCCCGAAGAGACAUCGCAGCUCAAGGGCCUCCUCCGAUAGCUGUCCCGCCCAUACCAGACGGCCCCAUCCACUACUCGUUCAAUGUCCCCUUCGCUUCCGACCUUGCCGGCCCCAACACUGAGGACAUCCUGCACGCCACCACGGACGCUGUUCUGCGAUGGACGCAUCCCGAGGAAGCUCCGGACGACGUCCCCGUCUACGAGCUGCCCGUGCAUGCCGCGAACCUCGCCCAGCUGCGACAGCUCUGCAGGGACAUCACGUCGAAUCCGCUGCCCAUCGAGGCCCACGUCAUCUCCACCACCCCCAAGAAUGCUCGUGGCCAGGUCACCACUGUGUGCCUGUCCGGCGCUCCCGAUGUGGUUUACCAGACUCGGGAGACCAUCCUGAACCACACGCCGCUCUCAUUGCGUUGCACGACAGUCGUGGUGGACGGGCACCUUGUCGCCAACCUCUCCGAGGGCGUUCUGAAGAAGUCGGUGACUGACUUCCUGGACGAGACCUCGGUGGCUUGCGGGGUCGACAUCUUCCUGCUCGGCCCCAAGCUGAGCCCGCCAGUGGGAAGCCUGAACGGCGAGGUUGAGCUGCCGCGGGACCAGCGUUGGAGAGUAGCCAUUUACGGUGACUAUCUGUCCUCUGAGCACGCCAAGACGCGCGUGCUUAUUCACAUUGACCGGCUCCUCGGGAGGGUUGUGGAUGCCGUCAUGUUUGACCACUCCAUGCACCAACUCCUGUGUGGGCGCAACCGCAAAAACAUUAAGCUCAUCGAGUCUAUGACGAACACGGCCAUCUACUUCCCUCCGCCGUUCUCGGCGUGCUACCGCUACUGUCCGCCCAAUGCCCAGCGCCGGGACCCCUCCCGGGUCCUGAUUACCGGCGAGACGCCUCAGGCCAUCGAGCAGGCCAAGUUCCGCAUCCAUGAGCUUCUCUCCCGAAUCCGAUUGUUUGCCAAGGACGUUCCUAUCCCCCCCGCCAAGAUUGACAGCAUCCUGCUCAGCCGGAUGGACAAGGUGCGGAAGAUCAUUGAGGCCAACGGUGCCUUCAUCAUGUUCCCGCCGCUGGGUUCGAGAAAGGGCAUGGUGCGCGUUCAGGCCGUCGAAAACCUGCAUGUAGAGCGCUCUCUUCGUGAGCUGAUGGCCUUGGUCGGACAAUUCUAUACUGCGUCGUGGAUGGUCGCGCAGCUGGACCCCCGUCAGCCCAGCAACCAGGAGAUCAGGACGAUGCUCGGCGACAUCUGCGCUAACUCAGAUGCCGACGUUUCGUUCGACCGGCAGACCUUCUCCAUUACGGGCUCGGACGAGGCUGUUAAGGAUGCCCUCCUGGUCAUCGCCCAGAUCAAGUUCGCCGUGCAGACACCCUAUCAGAUCCGGGCCAGGAUUGAGCUUGCAAACGAGCAUAAGGAAUUCGUCAGCGGAAAGAAGAACGGCAAGAUCAACAAGAUCAUGGGUCAGAGCAGCGUCCAGAUCAUGUUUGACAACUUCGGGGAAUAUAACUUCAACAUCGAGGUUAUAUCUACGUCGUUUGACUCCCUCAAGCAGGGCUUGACCAUGGUGGAGCAGGAGAUGCCGGCCUCCAUCUCGUUUCACGUCCCUGACCAGUACCACAAGCGUAUCAUCGGCAUUGGCGGACAGCACAUCCAGCGCAUUAUGAAGAAGCAUUCUGUCUUCGUUAAGUUUUCUAAUGCCAUGGACCGCGGUGGUUUGGGCCGAGAGGACGAUGACAGUCGAGUGGAUAACGUCAUCUGCCGUACCCCGGCUCGCAAUGCCCAGAACCUCGAGCUCGUGAAGAGCGAGAUUCUGGAGAUGGUCGAUCGAGCAGACUCCGAGUUCACCUCCCAGGUCGUCAGCGUCGACCGUCUUUAUCACCGCCAGCUGCUGGCCCGUCUGCCGGAAAUCGAAGAGCUGGAGAGGACGUGGAAUUGCAAGAUCAUCUUCCCUAGCACCGAGCAGGCGAGCGACGAGGUGACUGUGACUGGUCCCCAAUGGCUCGUGCCCAAGUGCAUUGAUGAGUUCCUGGGCAUGGUUCCUGACAAGCACGAGGUGGUCCUGGAGCGGUCGACCGCCCUGAUCAAACACCUCGAGUCUCCCGAAUUCGUCCAGACCAUAGUCCCAAAGCUCAAGAAUCAGUAUGAAGUCGAACUGACCGUCCACGAAAAGCCCGAGGAGCGUACCGAGGACGGCUCGCCCGCCACGGUUACUCUGCUUUGGACCUUCACCCGCAACAACACCGGCGGCCUCCGCGACGCCAUGGAAUUUCUCGAUACCGAGUUCGCCACGGCAGGAGUGGAACCCGUCGUCAUCAAGGGCGCUAUCCCCCGCCCCAAGUCAGACACUUUCGAAGAAUCGCUGCCUUUCUUCGAUUCCAAGCUGCUUCAGCACGCCCCUCCCCCGGUCACGACCGACUCGCCGACGAGGUCGUCCUUCGGCGAGGAGGUUGCCCGUGAACGAAGCCUACUUGCCUGCCUGCGCAAGCCGGGCAGCAUGUCAUCCAUCUCGUCGUUUCUGGACCGUCGCAAGAACAGCUCGCAGUCGGCGGCCAACUUCUUCAAGGGGUCCAGCAACGUGUCCAAGUCGUCGCUCAUCUCGAUCGAGUCGACCCGCAGCUUCAAUGCCGACCGCAACCCGUGGAAUGACAGCGGCGUCAAUCUUCCGGACGAGGACCACAACCCGUGGUCGUCGGGCCACGUGUAUGGAAACGGCAUGGACAAGCUCACGGUCCCGCAACCCGGCGACGUCACGCCUCGCCACCAUCCCCGGCAGUCCGCCGACAGCGGACGGCCCUCUACGUCUCAUUCAACCAGUUCAGGAUACCCCGGUCCUCACCCAGGGCCAUUUCGCUAGAUUUCAUGGUUUUUCAGUUCCGCGAGGUUUUAGACGCGGAUGGCUUUCACGUCGCUUGCGAGGAAAAGAGAGAAAUACCCUACGGCUGGAUAUACCCCUGGCGCAAAAAUACCCCGGUAGUUGUUCGUCUGCAUUUGGUCGGUUGCAAGUCAUUUUGCUUCGUUUUCGCCUGGUUCUGUUCGUCUUUCCGUGUUUUGUCUUUUCUUUCAGUGUCUCCCUUUCUUUUGCCGUUAGCAUGACCACGGUGAUGGCCCUGUCGUUUUGAGGCUGGUGGUAUUUUUCGGGCUAAGCAGCACGCCUCUCCUACGGCAAAUGAUGCCUGCGCUGAUGCGGUCAUGACUGAGGAUGCUCCGUCAAGAGCAGCGAAGACAACUUGAUCGAAUCAAUGAGAAUCUGGUAUCAGUUAGCCGGCCAGUAAGUAAAGCAAUGAACCGGGAAAAACCUUCCUCUCACUCGGUUGAUGUCAUGAUAUUAUUCUAGAUCUGCCUUCGUUUCCUGCCGUUCCUGCUCGUGC